UCAGUUACUCUUCGGCGCUCGCGCGGAGGAGGUCGUAUGUUUUGUUGUGGGAGUAUCGCCGUCCCCUAUAGUGCAAAAAUCUCGAGUUUUUGUCAGCAUACUUAAAGGUGAUAACAUCGCGAUAACAAGUGUUUCGCUUUUUAAUAAGUGCGUGUGUGUGUAUGUACCUUGUUAGUGAAAAAAAAACAACAACAAAAAGGAAGUUAUAAAUAUUCGUUUUUGGAGUAAAAAGGAGCAGUGACGCGCCGACUGGCGGGAUUUGAAAGUCGGCGCAGUGUAAUACGACGUUGUCAGUGCUGUGUGUCGGCGACCUUUCCAAGUUGUGUGAAAGCCGGCGACUUUAGGAGAAUCCCUCUUUUCAUACUUGAAAAAGUUUUGGAGAAAACAUCAGUUUUUUUUUGUGUGUGACAGAUCUUCGUCAUAUGAUGGAUACUGGUGUUAGUGAUUCGUGCCGCGUCAAUCAGACGGAACAGCGAUCAUCUCCGUCAUUUUUUGGAGUGUUUACUCAGAUCAUUUUUUCAUGUACCGUGUGAUGCAGUGUUGAUUCGAUAUUUUCUUCUUCUUCUCUCUUUGAUAAUUCUCUCUUGGGGAAAAUCGUCACGUCAUCGGACGUGUACGGCUUGGUCCUUGUAUUAAAAAAAAACUGCUUUUUCGUCAUGUACAUGUGGGGUUAAUGAAUCUUCGAUGGUGAUAAUAGGCACGUGUGCGUAUUUACCGGUAAUCAACGUGUUAGUGUGAUGUACAAGAUCAUAAUCGUGCUGUCAUUGUGCAGUUUGUGAAUCGCGAUCUCAUUUUCUGAGAAUAUCGUCCUUGCUCCUAUUUUCUGAUUGCCGGUGAUCAGCCGGCGUCCGUUUUUUGCUCUUCCUAUUUAUUUUUGACUGCGCUUGUUCGUCGAGCUCCACUUCCAGCUGUUCUUCGGUUUCUUGUGUACACCAAAUAAUCCUCAACCAUGGAUAUCCUGCCAAGUGGGAACAUUUUUCGAGAAUUGCAGGACAUACACGAUACCGGAUACUUUUCGGCGCAGCCGUCACUUGAGGAUCAUUGGCAACAGACUUGCUACGAAAUGGAAAGGUACCUGAAGGACGAGCCAAAGUUACAAUCGUACAAAAAGUUACCCACGGAACUUGAUACCGCACCCUGGAAUAUGUUCAGGCCUCCUAUAUCGUGGACAGCAACCACUGGCACCACGAACGGACAAUUUGAAUCUGCCAUCAAAAUGGAAGUUACGACAUCCGACGACAGGGAUCCCCUUUGCCUGGAAGACAUUAAAUUUAGUUCAGGUGACCACAACCACAAUGGCCGAGACAGGGAUCUCCUCGAUCGGCACCUGGAUUCAUUGUCAAUGUCGUCAGCGAGUUCAGCGUGUUCAGCCCUCUCAUGGGACAGUUCUCCUUCCCUCUCGUGUACGGCACUUAUUCUCAAAAAAGAGCCCAGCGAGGAUCUCGAGGAAGAUGAGUUCGUCUAUGUCCAGGAAAUCGAGGAGGACGACGAUAGUCUGUGCGAGGGUGAAGGUCAAAUCUUGACACCACCGUCGAGUCCUGAAUCGGGUCAAGGUCAUUCCAAUUCGAGUCACUCGUCGAGCGGGAGUUCGAUGCUUGACGUACACAAUUUGAACCUCCAUGGAACGGGUGGAAGGAGUGCUAUCGUUAGGGUUACUGCCAGCAAUGCUCAAAGUGUUGCCAGAUUAAUCUCGGUAGCAACGAACGGCUUCCCAACUGUCGCGAGCACGCAACAUGCACAUGUUGGAACGGCACCAGUUCCAUCCGCGGUUGCGAACAGGCAUCAUGCAAGAAGUCACGAACACAGUCCACCGGACACUAAACGCAGGAUACACAAGUGUCAGUUUCCUGGAUGUAAAAAAGUCUAUACCAAAAGCUCGCAUCUCAAAGCGCACCAGAGGACGCACACAGGAGAGAAGCCAUACAAAUGCAGCUGGGAAGGUUGCGAGUGGCGAUUCGCUCGUUCCGAUGAGUUGACGCGCCAUUAUCGCAAGCACACAGGUGCAAAACCGUUCAAAUGUAGACAUUGCGAUCGUUGCUUUUCACGUAGCGAUCAUUUAGCGCUACACAUGAAAAGACACGUUUAAUCUCAUUGUUUCUUGUUUGCGAGAGAGAAAAAAAAAAUAAUAAUAAUAAUUAUUUGAAAAACAAAACUCUUGGAGUCUGCGAGAAUAUGGGAAUUCCGGCGAUGUGAUCUUGAUUGAAAAAAAAGAAGAAGAUCGUGGAGAAAAAUACGUGGACUAAAAAAAAAUGCCAUUCCAUUUUUUUUUUUUUUUUUUUUUUUUUUUUUUU